GCGUCCGCGCCCAGCGACGUGCGGGCUGCCCGGCCCGCGCCCUCCCGCGCCCGGUCCGCGCCCCGCGCCCCGCGCCCCGCGCCGCCGCCGCCCGCAGCCACCUCCCGCCGUGCUCCCCAGGCAGCGCCGGCCCCAUGCCCGCCGGCCGCCCGGGCCCCGCCGCCCAAUCCGCGCGGCGGCCGCCGCCGCCGCUGCUACCCCUGCUGCUGCUCUGCGUCCUCGGGGCGCCGCGAGCUGGAUCAGGAGCCCACACCGCAGUGAUCAGCCCCCAGGACCCCACGCUCCUCAUCGGCUCCUCUCUGCAAGCCACAUGCUCAGUGCACGGGGACCCUCCUGGGACCACGGCUGAGGGCCUCUACUGGACCCUCAAUGGGCGGCGGCUGCCCCCUGAGCUCUCGCGUGUACUUAAUGCUUCCACCCUGGCCCUUGCCCUGGCCAACCUCAACGGGUCCAGACAGCAGUCCGGGGACAACCUCGUGUGUCACGCCCAUGACGGCAGCAUCCUCGCUGGCUCUUGCCUCUAUGUUGGCUUGCCCCCAGAGAAACCCUUCAACAUCAGCUGCUGGUCCAAGAACAUGAAGGACCUCACGUGCCGCUGGACGCCAGGGGCCCACGGGGAGACUUUCCUCCACACCAACUACUCCCUCAAGUACAAGCUGAGGUGGUACGGGCAGGACAACACGUGUGAGGAGUACCACACAGUGGGGCCUCACUCCUGCCACAUCCCCAAGGACCUGGCUCUCUUUACGCCCUAUGAGAUCUGGGUGGAGGCCACCAACCGCCUGGGCUCAGCCCGCUCUGACGUGCUCACGCUGGACAUCCUGGACGUGGUGACCACGGACCCCCCACCCGAUGUGCAUGUGAGCCGAGUCGGGGGCCUAGAGGACCAGCUGAGUGUGCGCUGGGUCUCACCGCCAGCUCUCAAGGAUUUUCUCUUCCAAGCCAAGUACCAGAUCCGCUACCGUGUGGAGGACAGCGUGGACUGGAAGGUGGUGGACGAUGUGAGCAACCAGACCUCCUGCCGCCUGGCGGGGCUGAAGCCAGGCACCGUGUACUUCGUGCAAGUGCGCUGUAACCCCUUCGGCAUCUAUGGCUCCAAGAAGGCGGGGAUAUGGAGCGAGUGGAGCCACCCCACAGCCGCCUCCACCCCCCGCAGCGAGCGCCCGGGCCCCGGCGGCGGUGCGUGCGAGCCGCGGGGUGGCGAGCCGAGCUCGGGGCCGGUGCGGCGCGAGCUCAAGCAGUUCCUGGGCUGGCUCAAGAAGCACGCGUACUGCUCGAACCUCAGCUUCCGCCUCUACGACCAGUGGCGAGCCUGGAUGCAGAAGUCGCACAAGACUCGCAACCAGCACAGGACGAGGGGAUCCUGCCCUCGGGCAGACGGGGCGCGGCGAGAGGUCCUUCCAGAUAAGCUCUAGGGACUGGGGCUACCUUCCUGGCCAAGUGGAGACCCAGAGGCUGAACUCAAACCGGGGCCACCUUUGUACUCUCACUUUAGGGCACCUGACCACCAUCAGCAAGAGCUGGGGCAGGUGUUCUGAGUUCUGACAGCCACAACUCUGGCCUCUGUCUAGUGCCACCCUUGGAUGCACCCCCAGUGUGUGUUGGGGGACCAGCUACUGGGAACCCAUGCAGAGCUGGGGGUAGAGGAGCCACCCCCCACCCACCCAGUAACCCUUCAAAAGUCUUAAAAUAAAUGAGCUAUUUAGAUGCUCUGAU